CAGGCAAGAAACCUGCAAAAUGCAGUGCUGCGCAAAGUGAAGCGUGCAGUAAGAAGGGAAAAUCGUGCAAGCUUGUGGGUGGCAAGGCAGUGUGCCUAGUGUGCCCGAUACAUGCCUGCUGGAAAGCUUGUCGGGAGGCUGAACCCGACAAAAAGGUGCUCAACGUCUCAUGCAAGGCAUCCGACAUGUGCGCCUGCUCAUACGAAGAUGAGUGUCUACCCUCGAAAUGUCAGGACUACUGCAAGGUGGCAGUUCCACAUGCGGACUCCAAAAAGGCGGUCUGCAGGGACAAUUUGUGCCACUGUGUUGCGCCACCAACGCGCCCGCCAGUAAAGAAAGGUGCGUGCACACAAAAGGCUUGCACGAAGGCCUGCCAGGCUGCAGAACCCAACAAGAAAAUCCUGAAGGCAUCGUGCCCCGAGGCCGACAUGUGCCGCUGCUCGUACGAAGACGACUGCACAGAAGAUAUAUGCCGUGUCUACUGCAAGAAAGCACUCCCAAAUGGAAAGCUCAAAACUUCCAUGUGCAUAAACAACUACUGUUACUGCAAUAAAACAGAAGAAAGCAUGAAGAGAUCUGAAAUGGAAUGCAGCUACAAAGCGUGUGUGGAUGAGUGCAAUUAUAAAGGUCUUCAUAAAGUACUAUUGCAAGCUAGAUGCAACAGUCACAAUGAAUGCGACUGUGUUUACAAAAAGGAUGAAGAUGCUCACAGUGUUUUCGACCUCCUCAAAGUAUGGAAUUCAUUCAAGCAAAGAAAGGAGAGGUCAGAAAUGG